CGGCCACCACAGCGAGUGGUCGUGUGUAAGCGGCACUGUGCGUGUGAGUUAGCGAGGGAGGCGGUGCGGGAGGGAGUCUGUUGCCCGCCUAAGCAUCACCAUUCACCGCCAUGGCUCCGCGGCUCCCGGCGGUCACGCGGCUCUUAGCAGCGGUACUUCUAGCAGCCGCGUUCACCAGCGGUGCCUUUCAGCUGGAUGACGAGGACCUGAUGUUUGACGAUGAGGAUGGGUCAAGAUCCGAGGCUCCCGUGGCGGCGCCCUCACAGUACGGCGUGCUGGGCCCCCUGUCACGACCCAAGCGACAGUUCUUUUAUGACGUGAACUACGUUGACUACACUGAAGGCUCAGGAGAAGGAUCAGGGUUCAUGCCCAUGAUCGAGGCCAAGAUACAUAUCCUCCGCGCCUGGGACAACCGCUUUAGUAACAAACGUAGCAGAGCCUUCGAGCGGUUUCAGGAGGAGAUCGUACAAGCAAUGCGUCCAGUCCUCCGGAGGGUGCACAGAGACUCAUUUAUGGAAGUGGAGUCCAUACGCCGAACCCUGUCAGGACAGUGCAUGGCGGCGAUGGUGGUCUGGAUGCCUGACCACGAGGACCGCCGAGGGGAGUUGGAGAGGAACUUACGAAACGCCCUUGAAAGUGGAAGACUCGGCCAGCUUAGUGUCAACACCGAUUACUUCGAAGUGACCCGCUUUGAUGGAGAAGGUGUGGCAGAGGUGGAUAAUGGGGAUGCACGUGAUAGGGGGACGGGUGGAUGUGCCGCCGAUAGCAUAUUCACCUGUAAAAGCGGGAAGGUCAUUUGUGAUGUUCAAUUGUGCGACGAUAUUAAUGACUGCCCUGGAGGUGAUGACGAGGCAGGAUGCGGCUGCAAGGAAGGCCAGUUCUUAUGCGACGACGUUAAAUGUCAAGACGAAAGCAUGAAAUGUGAUGGAAUACCAGACUGCGUGGACGGGACUGAUGAAUCCAACUGUGGCGGCUGCGAGGAGGGCCAGUUCUUAUGCGACUUGAUUCGAUGUCUAGACAAAAGCGCGAAAUGUGAUGGCACACCGGACUGCACGGACGGAACUGAUGAAUCCAACUGUGGCGGCGCUGCCUCCACCACUCUUGCCCCCACAAAUCUGCAAUGCUUAACGGACGACAUCCCACGACUCUGUGAUGACGGUAUAACUUUCGCCUGUUACUGUGACGGAAACCCGCAGUGUCUUAACGGCGAGGAUGAGUCCAUAGAGAAUUGUGGUUCAGUAUGUCCACCUGGCAACGUGAUGUGUGGAUAUGAGUUCACCUGUAUCGAGGAAAGAUUUGUUUGUGACGGAAUCCAAGACUGCCGAAAUAAUUGGGACGAGCAGAACUGUUUUCCUGACGCUUCCACCAUUACUCCUGCCCCCACGACAACCCCCUCCACGAAACUGGAAUGCUUAACGGAUGACACCCCACGACUCUGUGAUGACGGUACGACCCUCGCCUGUUACUGUGACGGAAACCCACAGUGUCCUAACGGCGAGGAUGAGUCUGUAACGAUUUGUGGUUCAGCGUGUCCACCUGACAAUGUGGAGUGUGGCGAUGAGCCCACCUGUAUCGAGAGAGGACGUAUUUGUGAUGGAAUCCAAGACUGCCGAAAUAAUUGGGACGAGCAGAACUGCCGUGACGCUGCCACCAUUACUCCUGCCCCCACGACAACCCCCUCCACGAAACUGGAAUGCUUAACGGAUGACACCCCACGACUCUGUGAUGACGGUACGACCCUCGCCUGUUACUGUGACGGAAACCCACAGUGUCCUAACGGCGAGGAUGAGUCUGUAACGAUUUGUGGUUCAGCGUGUCCACCUGACAAUGUGGAGUGUGGCGAUGAGCCCACCUGUAUCGAGAGAGGACGUAUUUGUGAUGGAAUCCAAGACUGCCGAAAUAAUUGGGACGAGCAGAACUGCCGUGGCGCUGCCACCAUCACUCCUGCCCCCACGACAACCCCCUCCACGAAACUGGAAUGCUUAACGGAUGACACCCCACGACUCUGUGAUGACGGUACGACCCUCGCCUGUUACUGUGACGGAAACCCACAGUGUCCUAACGGCGAGGAUGAGUCUGUAACGAUUUGUGGUUCAGCGUGUCCACCUGACAAUGUGGAGUGUGGCGAUGAGCCCACCUGUAUCGAGAGAGGACGUAUUUGUGAUGGAAUCCAAGACUGCCGAAAUAAUUGGGACGAGCAGAACUGCCGUGAUUUCGAGAUCUACUCCACUACUCCCUCCACCUCCACGCCCUCCACCACCAGCACCACCACUACCACCACCACCUCCACCACUACAACCACCACCACCACUCCUGCCCCUACAACAAUCCCUUCCACGCCACUACAGUGCUUAAGAGGCGACUUCCCAAAAUAUUGUGAUGAUGGCCGGACCGUUGCCUGUUUUUGCGACAGGAUCAAGCAAUGUCCAGGCGGCGAGGAUGAAUCUGUAGCGAAUUGUGGUUUCGUGUGCCCACCUGGCGAGCAGCAGUGCGGAGACGAGCCCACCUGUGUCUCUUUAGCUCAGAUAUGCGAUGGCUACAGUGACUGCAGCAACAACUGGGACGAGGAGCAGAACUGCCCUGACAUUUGCUUGGUGACCCAGUUUCAGUGUGAUGACGGGAAGUGUAUAGAGAAUUACCGAAGGUGUGACCAUAUUGCUGAUUGUGUCAACGCUGAGGAUGAGGCGGCUUGUCCCUGUGAGCACCCCAACUUCCAAUGCAUUAGCCUUAUGUGCAUUCCGCCCGAGGCUCACUGUGAUGGAAAGGUGGAUUGUGAUGAUGGUUCCGACGAGAUUGGUUGUCCGUGUCACGAUAAGUUCACCUGCCGCGACGGGGAAUGUGUCAUGACGGAACUUAGGUGUGACGGGAAGGCGGACUGUGGUGAUAGGUCUGACGAGGUGGAUUGUAUUGCAUGCUAUGAUGACGCGUUCCACUGCGGUGACGGUACUUGCAUCAAGCCUGCCCAGGUGUGUGACGGCCAGGCGGACUGUGACACGGACGAGACGAGCUGUGGUGGCGGGAUUUGUCCCGAGGGUCUCUUCCGCUGCUUCGCCGACGGGAACUGCAUCGACGUCACCAAUCGCUGUGACGGUCUAGUGCAGUGUUCGGAUGGUUCUGAUGAGGAAGAUUGCCCCUGUCAGGAGUGGCAGUGGACUUGCAGGGACGGAGGUUGUAUCUCUCAGGAGAACCGCUGUGAUGGAACCAUCGACUGCAGCGACAAGUCCGACGAGUACGGGUGUCCUAGUGGAUGUCGAGAGGGAGAAUUUCAGUGCCAGAGUGGUUCCUGUGUCCGGGAUGUGGAUCGCUGUGAUGGAGUAAGGCAAUGUCCUGAUGGCUCAGAUGAGUUUAGCUGCCCGCCACAAACCUGUAGCCCACUGGAGUUCACAUGUGCAGAUGGCUCCUGUGUGCCGGCAGAGAGAAAGUGUGAUGGCUACCGUGACUGUCCUGAUGACUCUGAUGAGUAUAACUGCUGCAGAGAUGACCAAUGGCAAUGCCGAGAUGGCCAAUGCAUAUCACUUGCAUAUCGCUGUGAUAGAACUUACCAUUGUAGUGACGGCUCUGAUGAGGAAAAUUGCCCAGCUAUUGUGUGUCGCCCUGAUGAGUGGAGAUGUCGGGAUGGGAAUUGUGUCCCAGCAGAGGUACGAUGUGAUGGCUAUCCACAGUGUUUUGACCACUCCGAUGAGCACGACUGCCCUGCCUCUUGUAGUGGUGAGGAGUGGACUUGCAGUGAGGGUUCAUGCAUCCCACAAGAAGCUUGGUGUGAUGGCCGCAUUGACUGUCCUGAUGGCUCUGAUGAGGCAGACUGUACCACUCAAGGGUGCAACACUGAUGAGUGGACUUGUAGGGAUGGCAGCUGCCUCCCCAUACAGGGCAGAUGUGAUGGCUACCAGCAGUGUUUGGAUGGGUCUGAUGAAGAGAACUGUCCUCCUAGUUGUCGACCUGAUGAGUUCACUUGCUGGGAUGGGACAUGUGUGCCAGACUACUUGAGGUGUGAUGGCACCCAGCACUGCCCUGACGGCUCAGACGAGGCUCAGUGUCCCACAUCAAAACCUUCAACCUGCACCAGUAACCAGUGGACUUGUUCUGAUGGCUCGUGUAUUCCACAAGAGCAGCGAUGCAAUGACCGCUAUGACUGUCCUGACUACACUGAUGAGUAUAGCUGCACAGGUUGCAGCAGCCAGGAGUGGACAUGUUUGGAUGGACAUUGCAUACCCUUUGAGAAUCACUGUAAUGGCAGAUAUGACUGUCUGGAUGGCUCAGAUGAGGAGAACUGCACAGAUACAUGCAGACCUGAUGAUUUCCGCUGCCUGUCUGAUGGCUCCUGCAUUCCAAAGAGUUCUCGGUGCAAUGGUCUUCAAGAGUGUCGUGAUGGCUCUGAUGAAGCGAAGUGUGAAGAAAGACCAACUUGCAAACCUGAUGAGUUUGCCUGCGCUGACGACGGCACUUGCAUCCCAUCCUACCUGCAGUGUGAUGGCCGGCCGUACUGCCGUGAUGCUUCAGACGAGCUCAACUGUCCCUCAUUUGCAUGCCGGGUGGGAGAAUUUCGCUGCAGUGACGGCACUUGCAUCCCUGGCUACCUGGUGUGUGAUGGCCAGAGGUACUGUUGGGAUGGAUCGGAUGAGUGGGGCUGCCCAACUGAGUCCUCGUGCAACUCUCCCUCAACUUUCCGCUGCAACAAUGGCUACUGUAUUCGUGCAGACCAGCAUUGCGAUGGAACAGCUGACUGCCAGGAUGCCUCAGAUGAGAGAGGCUGUCCACCUUCGUGCACGAAUAACGACUUUCGGUGUGACGAUGGUACUUGCAUCCCCCUGGAGGCUAAGUGCAAUGAUCAGCCAGAUUGUCAAGAUCAGUCGGAUGAGGCCAAUUGUACUUGCCGCCCUGAUCAGUUCCGCUGUGAUGACAGCAAGUGCAUUGAACAAUGGCAGAAAUGCAACGGCGUCAGUGAGUGUAGCCAAGGAGAGGAUGAGCGAAAUUGUCCUUGCCGCCCUAAUCAGUUCCGCUGUGAUGACGGCAAGUGCAUUGAACAAUGGCAGAAAUGCAACGGCGUCAGUGAGUGUAGCCAAGGAGAGGAUGAGCGAAAUUGUCGUCCUACACAUUUCGAGUGCAACAGUGGCGACCUGAUUGAUCAGCAGUAUCGGUGCAAUGGUCAAGUCGAGUGUCCCUUAGAUCAGUCGGAUGAAGAGGGAUGCCCAUGCAGGCCUGAAGAUCAUCAGUGUGAGAGGGACGGCACAUGCAUCUCUGGCUCACAGGUGUGUGACGGCCGCCCAGACUGCAGUGACGCCUCAGAUGAGCUCAACUGCCCGGUUUGUGGCAAGGAUGAAUGGCAGUGUUUAGAUGGCCAGUGCAUCCCUGCUAGCUAUCAUUGUGAUGGUCGGCAGGACUGCUCAGACAACACUGAUGAGAUUGUUGAUUGUGCACAACCAUGCAGGCAAGAUGAGUUCCAGUGUAGCAGUGGAGAGUGUGUGCCAAAUUAUGCUGAGUGUGAUGGCAAGCCAGACUGCAGGGAUGGCUCUGACGAGGGUGUUCGUUGUCCUCCAUCCAAACCGCCAUCAGUGUGCAACAGAGAAGAGUUCGAGUGUCAUAAUGGUCAGUGCAUCCCCCGUCCAUACAAGUGUGACGGCAUCCCAGAUUGCUCAGAUGGAUCAGACGAACACUACCAAGAGUGUACCCCUGGCCAGUGUCCAGACAGCAACCAGUUCGCAUGCACAUCUGGGGAAUGUGUUGGUUUGGACAAAAGGUGUGAUGGAAACUUAGAUUGCAUUGACAGAUCUGAUGAGCUUGGAUGUCCCCAAAUCCCAGACGGUGAUGAAGAGUGUUCGGAGGGCCAGUUGAUGUGUAAUGACGGCAUGUGCAUAGAGAAGAGCUGGGUGUGUGACAGUGUGCCGGACUGCUUCGAUGGGGCCGACGAACUCUAUUGCUGUAAGACCACUGAGUUCAAGUGCGGUGAUGGAAGCUGCAUCCCUGACCACUUUUUGUGUGACACCAAAUUUGACUGCACCGAUGGAUCUGAUGAGCGUGGCUGUGAGUGCAGCGAAGAUGAGUUCCAGUGCAACAAUGGUGACUGUGUGCCAAAGUCUGCUGAGUGUGAUGGCAAGCCAGACUGCAGGGACGGCUCUGAUGAGGGUGUUCGUUGUCAGUGUGGGAGUGUUGAGUGGCAGUGUCAGUCAGGGCAAUGUAUAUACCUGACGCAGGUGUGUAAUGGAAUGCGGGAUUGCUCAGAUGGUUCAGACGAGAGAGGGUGUCCAGAAUCAUCCCGCCCAUGCUACGAAGGCCAGUUCAGGUGCAGCACUGGAGAGUGUAUCGAUCGCUCUCGACUCUGUGAUGGUUUUGAUGACUGUGAAGAAGGGCAGGAUGAGAUAUUUUGUACCCCAAACUUCAACUUCCCCUCCACCUCUGUCCUUGCCCCUGAAACUGCAGCUGGGUCUUCUAUAUGCACAGCAAAUGAGUUUCGUUGUCAGUCAGGAGAAUGUGUUUCCCAGUAUGUGGUGUGCGAUGGACGCAGGGACUGCUUUGACGGGUCUGACGAGCAGUGUGGGGCUGGUGGACCUGAUCCAGUUCCCUGCUCAGAAUUUGAGUUCACGUGUCGGGAUGGUUCGUGUGUGGACAGAAGCGCAUACUGUGAUAGGAUUUCUGACUGUCGUGAUGGCUCAGAUGAAGAUAACUGUACCAGACAAUGUGGUGCAGGAGAAUUCCAAUGCACUGACCGUCAAUGCAUCCGUCAAGAAUCUGUCUGUGAUAGGGUUCGGGACUGUUAUGACGGAUCAGAUGAAGUAAACUGUCCACAACAACCACCACCACCACCACCACCACCAGAACCAACCACCCCCAGACCUCCAGCAUGCCGGGAUGAUCAGUUUCAGUGUGGCAGUGGUGACUGUAUCCCUCUGUUUUACGUCUGUGAUGGCCCCAUUGAUUGCCAAGAUCGAUCUGAUGAAGAUAACUGCGCCACUACUACCAGUUCUACCGCUACUACUACUCCUGCCACUCCCCCUCCUCCUCCUCCCCCUCCCCAAAACACCUUCCAGUGCCGGGAUGGACGUAUCAUUAACAGCCAGCAGCGCUGUGAUGGCCGAAGAGACUGCAGUGAUGGCUCAGAUGAAAUUGAUUGUCCAGCUACGAGUGAUAGGAUCAAUUUGAAAACCUUCCCUGAUGAGCAGACCAGCAAGCAGACUCAAGAGGUCGUCUUCCAAUGCCGAGAUGAAGGUGCAACUCGAACCCCAGUGCGCUGGGUGAGGGAUGGAGGCCGCCCCCUUCCUGAAGGCUCCACAGAUAUCCGUGGACGACUCACUAUGCCUCGUAUCCAGAUGGAGCAUGAAGGUAUUUACUACUGUGAGGCUCAGGGAGUGCCCCCCAACACACCAGGCAGGAGGAAGUCUGUCUACUUGCGUGUUGAGCCAUAUGAGGUGAUUACGGCAUCUCCUCCUGUAGUAUGCUCGGUAUUAGAGGCAACCUGCAGAAGUGGUGAGUGCAUCAACAGGACUCUAGUGUGUGAUGGAAAGCCAGACUGCAAGGACUCCUCAGAUGAAGACCGUUGUGGACGGUGUGAACCAAAUGAGUUCCAAUGUGACAACCAGAAGUGUGUGCUCAAGACAUGGCUAUGUGACACAGACAACGACUGCGAGGACAACUCAGAUGAGAAGUACUGUGGCGUCAGUGAUCCAGAUGCUUCCUGCCACAACAAUGAGUUCAUGUGCCGGUCAGGAAAUCAAUGCAUCCCCAAGUCCUUCCACUGUGAUGGAGAUAAUGACUGCAGGGACUUGUCUGAUGAAGAUGGAUGUCGUAAACCUGAGGUGAAGGAGCCACCACCACGCAAUGUGAUGGUUCGGGUGGGUGAGACCUUCAACAUCUCUUGUCGAGUCGAGGGAGUACCGACCCCCAUUGUGAUCUGGAGGCUGAACUGGGGUCAUGUUCCAGCCAAGUGUCAAAUGACCAGUGAAAGUGGAUAUGGGGUGCUAGUCUGUCCAAAUGCCCAGCCUACAGAUCAAGGAGCCUACUCCUGUGAGGCAAUUAAUGGCAAAGGAUCUGUGUUUGCCACACCUGAUGCUAUUGUUGUUGUAAAGGGAAUUCCUGCCACCCAGUGUCAGCCACCUUCAUUCAACAGUCUUGCUCUCACUCAGGAGGACUGCUUGAGCUGUUUCUGUUUCGGUAUCACCAAUGAUUGUUACUCCAGUGACAUGUUCAUCACACAGCUACCACCACCCAAUGGUAACUCAUUUACUCUUGUUGGGGCAAACCAAGAUCAGAACCAGGGCAAUUAUGUGGUUCGAGAUAAUGAUUACCCUCUGUCCUCCCAGCACCUUGCUAACAACAGAUCCACGACUCAGUAUUCAGACAGGGUUGUGCUCAAUGUAGAUCGUUCCAAGCUAAGGGGACCAAGGGACUUGGCGGUGUACUUCUCCCUUCCUGACUCUCACAAGAAUGAGCAGCUUGCCUCCUUUGGUGGUUAUCUCCGCUAUAGGAUUACAUACUCUCAAUUUGGGGCAAGCCAAACUACCAGCCAUCCUGAUGUCAUUAUUAGGGGAAAUGGCUUAACUCUAAUGCAUGUUCAUGAUGGAAGCUUCGAAGAAAACAUUGAAAACUGGAUAGAUGUGCGAUUCUUCUACGGCCAUUGGUUCAAGCGUGUGGUUCAGUGGGGUGGACGAAUCGCGGUGGAACAGCCUGCCUCCAGGGAGGAUAUCAUGAUGGUCCUGGAAAAUAUGGACUUACUGCUUAUCAGAGCACAAUAUACUAAUGGUGACUUCAUCAACACUACACUGUCCAAUGUCCAAAUGGAUACAGCUGAGAUCUCCAGAAAUGAUCAAGGUCAGGCAGGACUGGUGGAGCAAUGUACUUGCCCACCGGGCUACACUGGAAUAUCUUGCCAGAACUGUGCGCCAAAUUACAGUAGAGUGAAGGAAGGGCCUUGGCUGGGACGCUGUGUAUAUGACUUAGAAUGUGGACCCAAUGAGUAUGGUGACCCUGGCAAUGGCAUCUCCUGUCAACCCUGUCCCUGUCCUCUUGCCAGUCCCAGCAACCAGUUCAGCUCCUCUUGUUAUGUGGAUAGUGAUGGCCAGGUGACCUGUAACUGCCAGCAGGGUUACAGCGGCCGUCGAUGCCAGGACUGUGCCAGCGGUUAUGAAGGCAACCCAUCACUGCCAGGAGACUACUGCAAGCCAGCGCCUGUCACCUGCAUGACUACCUUCACCUGCUUGGAUGGGUCGCAACACCCUUGGUCCCGGCGAUGUGAUGGUAUAAAGGACUGCUCUCAGUUUGAGGAUGAGAGUGAUUGUGAUGUCUGCUUCAAUAGUGGGCAUAGGUGUGAUGACAGACGCUGUGUCCACUUUGAGUGGAUAUGUGACGGUCACCCAGACUGCAAUGAUGCCAGUGAUGAACGGCCAGAAAACUGCCUAGAUGAGUUGCCUUGUGAUCACAUCCAUCAGUGGACAUGUGCCGAUCCGUCUCGACAGUGUAUAGACCGCAGACGUCACUGUGAUGGCUUCUAUGACUGCCCAGACAACUCGGAUGAACGUUACUGCAACUGCACAUGUGACUCUGCCUUUAACUUCCGCUGCAAUGAUGGCACUUGCUUGGAUAUCAGUGUGCGAUGCAAUGGCCGGGUUGACUGCAGAGAUAAAUCUGAUGAGUACCAAUGUCCCUGUGACCCACAGAGAUACCACACCUGUGGGGACGGAACAUGCAUUGAUAUCUACCGAGUGUGUGAUGGGAAUCCAGACUGCAGGGAUAGAAGUGAUGAACCACGCUGGUGUGGAUGCGACCCUAACACCAUGCACAAGUGUGGUGAUGGCACUUGCAUAGCAAAGAGUGCUGUGUGUGACGGCCAGCCAGACUGCCGAGAUUUGAGUGAUGAGCCUCCCACCUGUUGGCAAAACUGUGACCAGAAUCUUGAGUUCACUUGUGGCAAUGGGAACUGUAUUGACAUCCGACUUGUCUGCAACGGGUACACUGACUGCCGGGAUGGGAGCGAUGAAUACUAUUGCACAGUUUGUGCUGAAAAUCAAUUCCAAUGUGGUGACCAUUCCUGUGUCGACCGGCGGCGGCUCUGUGAUGGCCGACCUGAUUGCCGAGACGAGAGUGAUGAGGGAGAGAGGGCCGGUUGCUGCGUGGCUCCAUACUUCUUCCGCUGCCAUGAUGGAUAUUGCAUUGAGUCUCAGCAUGUGUGUAAUGGAUAUUGGGACUGUGGCGAUGGGUCAGACGAGAGAUUCUGCUCUGGCCAAUGUGACCCAGCAGGCAGCAUUGAAGCAAAUCCUAUAUAUGGCAACUGUCAGUGCAAGGAAUUUGUAACUGGACCUCGAUGUGAUCAAUGCAAGGAGAACUCAUUCUACCUUAGUGAGAGGAACAAAGAAGGCUGCAUCCCUUGCUUCUGCAUGGGCAUCACCUCCUCUUGCUCCUCUUCAAAUCUCUACAGGCAGCAGGAAUAUACUUAUUUCACCAAUGACCGGCAAGGGUUUGAGAUUGUCGACGAGUACUUACAAAACUUUGUCCGAGAUGACCUGUUUGUGGACUCCAACCGCCAGGAGCUUGUGUUCCGAGACUUCUCAAGAUAUGGGCAGAAGGUUUACUACUGGAAGUUGCCACAGCGAUUCCUUGGUGACAAGGUGACAUCAUAUGGUGGCAACCUAACAUACACAUUGCGCUUUGUGCCAGCACCUGGAGGCCAGAGCUCCAUCAACAGUGCCUAUGAUGUGGAAAUCUUUGGCAACGACAUUUUGCUGCGACACUUUAGGCAGGGCCAGCGUCCCCUCUCGGCAGCACGUCAAGAGACUGUCAGUGUGCCUCUGUAUGAGCAGUAUUGGCAGAGGCAGAAUGGGCAAGAGGUGAACCGAGAACACUUGAUGAUGGCGUUGGCAGACUUGGAGUACAUCUAUAUCAAAGCCACCUACACUACUGCCACAGAGGAGGUUGGGCUGAAGGAUGUCACUCUGGACUAUGCUGAGGCUCGUAACACUGGUCAAGAGAGAGCUUAUGCUGUAGAAAUGUGUGAGUGCCCUCGAGAAUAUCAGGGAACAUCAUGUGAGGACUGCGCCAUUGGCUACACACGCUCUACAUCAGGAGUCCACCUGGGAACUUGUGUUCCUUGUGACUGCAGCGGCCACUCAACUGAAUGUGAUCCUGACACUGGUGUUUGCUUUAACUGCAAGAACAACACAGCUGGCAACCAUUGUGAGCUCUGUGCCCCAGGCUACACUCUGUAUGGUGACACCUGCUAUCGCACUGAUAGUGGAAGCGAAUGCAUCUGUGAUCCUCGGGGCAACCUGUCUUGUGAUGGAAACCGCUGCCAGUGCAAGGCCCAUGUAAUAGGAACUCAGUGUGAAUCUUGUCGACCUGGUUAUUACCACCUGUCUGCAGACAAUCCUGUUGGCUGCUUGCCUUGCUGGUGUAGUGGUGUCACUUCCCAGUGCUUCUCAUCCAACUAUUAUCGGAUGCAAAUUCCAAUGCAGCUUCUGUUUGAUCAUGGCUUUACUUUCUCCAACAGGCUGCAAACUGAUGUCAUUAAGGAUGGGCUUGACAUCAACUUGGCAAACAAUGAAAUAUCCUUCUCUGACUUUAACCGUCUCCGAGCUAGGGAGCCGUAUUACUGGUCACUGCCCCAGAUGUUUACUGGAAACCGCCUCGAGUCUUACGGCGGCAACCUGACAGUGACACAGAAGUUCCAGAUGCAGCCUGGUGCUGGCAUCUAUCUUGAGUCCGAUGUUAUCAUUCGUAGCACCAGUGGCAGAGAAUUUUUCUGGAUGAGACCACGGCACCUUGAGCAAAAUAUCCAGAACAGGGAGCAGACAUACACAGUGUUGCUGAAUGAAGAUAGCUUUACUAUGAACCAGCAGCCAGCCAGCAGAUCUGAAUUCCUGAAGGCCCUGUCAUCCAUAGAGGCCAUCCUCAUUCGAGCUACUCUGAGUGAGCAGAUGGCUGCCACCUACCUCAGUGAUGUCAUCAUGGACACUGCUGUUCCCACUCAGACUGGGCAGCCACGAGCCGUGGAGGUGGAACAGUGCCAGUGUCCCAUGGAAUACACUGGCUUGUCCUGUGAGACAUGCAAGGCAGGUUAUUACCGCAAGGCAUUGACCAAUCAGUGCCUCCAGUGUCCCUGCAAUGGACAUGAAUCUUCUUGUGCAGAGCGGCCAGAUGGCAGUGUCCAGUGCGAGUGUCUGUCUGGCUAUUAUGGGCCCAGCUGUGCAGAAUCAGGUCUGAUGGUUGAACUUAGGCCCAUCAAAGUGCUCUUCAGCCAGCAAGCUCGGGAAGUGUAUGAGAACUUCACCUGCUCAUACCACUCAACUGAGCCACUGAGCAUGACAAUCACACGGGAACCGACUUGGGUAGAGGAUGGGGCCCCAGCAGCUCUCAUGGACUCACAGGCUCCCCACCUCAUCGAGCAGUAUGCCCAUGGAGCUAAAUACUUUUCACUGCUCCGCCUCUUACGUGGCCAUAGAACAGUCACUUGCAGGGUAUUCGAUGCCAGUAAUAAAGAGGUGGCACAGAUGUCCUCCCAAAUAUUUUAUACCUAUAAAGACUGGACAGCACGUCAAGACACUACUGUAGAGGAUGGCCCCAGCAUUGAGGUGACUGUUUCUGAACCCAGCAUCAAGGUUGUCACUGUCAACUCCACUGUCCAGUUGGCAUGUUCUGCCCGUGCUGUGACCGGUGUUCAGACACGCAUCCCUGUUACCUGGAGCAAGGUAGGAGGAGAGCUGCCAUAUGGAAGAGCAAGAGACAACCGUCAGGGUCUGCUGGUGAUCACUGAGGUCCGGCCAUCUGACAGUGGAGUAUACAUUUGCGCUGCUGUCGAUAGUUAUGGACGGGUGGUCACCGACAACGUUACCCUCACCGUCAGUCGUGGACGUCCCAGUGUCAUUUUGGAGCCAAAGGAAGGUCGCUUUGAUAUCAAAAUGAGAGGCUCACUUCAGGUGAGAUGCUCUGUGGAAGGCAAUCCAGAGGCACGAGUGAUUUGGACCUUAGGACCCAACAGAGAUCUUCCGCCAAAUGUGUACCAGCAGGGUGGUUUGUUAAUCUUCCGUGAUGCCCAGCUGUCAGACAGAGGAGAAUACUAUUGCACCUCCACCAAUGCUUAUGGACAAGACAGUGCUCGUAUCUACAUCAAUGUGGUGACCAGUCCACCUGGUGAAAUCAUCAUCAUUGAGGUAUCUGAGGAAAAUGUGGUGGCCCAGGCAGGAGAAACUGUACGGGUGAGGUGUUCUGCUAGCAACAUUCCUGGUGCCUUGAAUAUUAAAUGGACUCGGCUUACUGGGUCUCUCCCACAGAAAUCUGUGGUUGAGCAAGGAGAACUGCAAAUCCCUAGUGCCCAGCCUGCAGACUCCGGGACUUACGUGUGUCGCAUCACUGACCUGCGGACAUCUGUGUACAAUGAAGCCAGCACCAAGAUCACUAUUACUCAAUACACGAGCCUGCCAACAGUGCAGAUCCAACCCGACCGGCAGACCAUCAACCAGGGCACUAAUGCCGAGCUCCUGUGCAGUGUCUCAGGGGACCCGCCUCCCAUUGUCACCUGGAAUAAGGCAUAUGAGGAACAAAGCUCCAGAGUGAGUGUGGAGAACAAUAUACUGAGGAUCACCAACGCUCAAGUGAGUGAUCGUGGGAUGUAUGUGUGCACUGCGAAGAAUGAGGGUGGUACGGCACAAGCUGCAGCCAUCAUUGAAGUUGAACGUCGUGAGUCUCCACAAAUUCAGAUGCAUCCUCAGAUGAAGCAGACUGUUGUGAUGGGUGGUAGUGCUCUCUUCCAGUGUCACCUCACUGCUGGCAUCCCUACCCCAACUGUGAAAUGGACUCGCACUGAUGGACAGCCUUUCUCUUCCAACACUGAAGUUCUCAUUGGUGGUGUGCUGAGGUUCAAUCAAGUGCAAGGAGACGAGGAAGGCUCGUACAUGUGCACUGCUGAGAAUGAUGUUGGUUCCGUCACUUCUAUGGCUCUACUGGAGAUACAGUCCUUGCCCAUCAUUAACAUUCGUCCUGGACCGUCACCAUACACUGUGCGCACUGGAAACACUGUCCGCCUUGAAUGCUUUGCUGAAGGAGACCCACCACCCACAGUUUCCUGGAAGAGGUUGCAGGUCAACUACCCAACACCAGUUCAAAGCCAGUCCACGAGAUCUGGUGUGACUGUGUAUACAAUCACUAGUGUCUCAAAGGCUGAUGAAGGAACUUACUUGUGUUCGGCUAGGAACAGUGCAGGAACAACUGAUGAGAGAUUCCAGUUGCUGGUUGAAGAUGUACUGCCUGGCACUCUUCGCCCUGCUGUGCCUCCUCCAGGCACUGCCAUUACCAGCACUGGGGAUGGUGGAGUUGUGUACAUUCCAGCAGGAAGCCCGUAUGAGUUCACGUGUUCAGGAGGACCAGAGAGUGAGCAGCUUGAGUUCUCAUUCCGUCGCAGUGACAACCGCCCACUGCCACAGGGAUCUCGCAGCCACCAGGGCACUCUUUACUUGACUGCUGUAGAUGAGUCUGUCUCAGGGGAGUAUGCCUGUGUGGGCAGUGACCGCAUCACUGGAAUCAUUCGUUUCACCAUUUACACCACCAUUGAAGUGCUUGUACCUCCUCGUGUUAGCCUUGAGCCAGCCCGCCAGGUGGUUCGCCCCGGUGAGGUGGUUCGUAUUCGCUGCUCUGCCACUGGCCUACAACCUAUUACCAUAGAGUGGAACAAAGAUCAGGGACGCAUGCCAGCAUCUGUCAUCAUCAAUGGGGGAGAGCUAACAUUCCGAGGCAUUGCCACCACUGAUGCUGGCCGCUACAUCUGUGUUGCUCGAAACAGAGGUGGAAUAACAAGGGCUGUAGCUGAAGUACUUGUCAAUGCAAACAAGGGAAGCCAGAGCACCUUCUCCGGAAUCACAGAAGGCCUCUAUUUUGACGAUCUUGAGGAUGGUGACGUCGACGAAGAUGAUUCAUCCUCCACUCCUGAUGAGGGCUACUUCCUUCAAGUGGAAGAGGUCAUGUGUAAAUUUAUUUGUCAUAAUCGCUCCAUCUGCAUCGCACCUCUGGAAAUGUGUGAUGGAACACCAGAUUGUCCUGAUGGCGAGGAUGAGGAAGGCUGCUACUUUGACAGCCUCAAUCCAACCUGUGAAGACUCACCCUGUGGUAACAAGAUGUGUUUGCCCCGUUACAAAGUGUGUGAUGGCAUACCAGACUGUAAUGAUGGAGCUGAUGAGACUAGAUGCCAUGUUGAUAUAUUCGACAAUAGCAAGUGCUCAGAUUUCUUCAAAUGUGGUGAUGGCUCCUGCUAUUACUUCUACCUCAACUGUAAUGGCGAGUGCGACUGUAAUGACUGCAAAGACGAGAAGAUAUGUUUGCGUCGGAGGAGAGAGAUGUCGCAUGAGGAACCACUGCUCACUGCUACAGAUCCUCAGGUGACCUUGUAUGUGGGCCAGACAGGUGAGCUGCGUUGCGAGACAUCUGGUAUCAACCCUAAUGAUGUAAGAUGGAGCCGUGUGAAUGGCCGGCUGCCUCCAAGUGCUGUCACUCGAGGAAACAUACUCAGGUUGCCUCUGAUCGAGAUCCAAGAUAGUGGUGACUAUCAGUGUGAGGUGGUGACACCAUCAGGGGCGCGCCUCUACGAUGUCGUCACCCUUAUCGUCAGGCGACCACAGACAUCCAACAUCCAGAUCCGCUCCAUUCCCUCUGUUGUACGCCGUGGAGAGAAUGUCGAAUUGCUGUGUGAGGUGGAAAAUGAGCCAGAUGCUGCCAUAUCCUGGCAGAGAGUGGAUGGGGAUCUACCAUAUGGAGCAGAAUCUUAUGGCAGCAUUUUGAGAAUACCCAGCAUACAGGGUGGUGGAAUUUAUAUGUGUAGCGCCACAACUCGACAGGGCAUCUUUGAUGAGAGAUUUGGACUUGUUAUCCAAGAAGAUCGUGUGGAGGGCAUGACUCACCAUCUGCGGUCUGGGAAUGCAGAGUCACAAUCAGUGGCCCUUGGUCUUAGUGUCACCAUGGAAUGUCAUCACUUGUCUCUCCCUGGCCCUGUCUCCUACACGUGGUCCAAGAGGGAUGGAAAAUUGCCCGCUAAUGCUCGUACUGAAAAUGCCAUCCUUGACAUCUCCAAAGUGCAGGCUGAAGAUGCCGGAUAUUACAUCUGUACAAGCUGGAACUUGGAAAAGAGUGCUGAUCUGUCCACCCUUCUCAUUGUGACAGAUGUCGUCCCAAGGUUCAACAAGAGCUCCUACCUAGCCCUGCCUACUCUCUCAAGGGCCUACACCAUGUUUGAGAUUGAGAUCACCUUCAAGCCUGAGUCCUCCGAUGGCCUCAUCCUUUACAACAGCCAGCGAGCAGGACCUGAUGAGGGAGACUUUGUUGCCUUUGGUCUAAUUGGUGGCUAUCCAGAGUUCAGAUUCAAUAUUGGUGCUGGGCCAGCCAUCAUCAGAGGCACACAGCCUUUGGAGAUGAAUCAGUGGCAUACUGUCAAGCUGUCCCGCAACAGAAAGGAAGGAAGAAUGAUGGUGAAUGGAGGAGAUCCUGUGGUUGGGGUGAGUGAGGGCCGCUUCCGAGGCCUGGACCUGGUGGAGCCUCUGUUCCUGGGUGGUGUUCCAGACUUCCAGAAUGUCCACCGGCAAACUGGCAUGACCUCAGGCUUCAAAGGUUGCAUCAGUCGCCUUGUCACUGGCAACACUCUCAACUCUGGCUUUGUGAUGAAUGCACUGAAGCGAGUGGGAGUAACAUCGUGUGAGACCUGCGCUACCAAUCCCUGCCGUAACAAUGGAGUCUGUCAGGAAGCUUACAAUGAAAGGGGACAUAAGUGCUUCUGUCCAGCUGGCUAUCUUGGAGAAUUGUGUGAGAAUGCUGGAGAGUCCUGCUAUGAAGGUGCCUGUGGGACUGGCCGCUGCAUCAACAAACCUGGUGGCUUCGAGUGCUACUGUCCCUUCGGCAAGAUUGGUGAACGCUGCAGCCAAGACAUUUCCAUCUAUGAACCAGCCUUUGGGCAUGAGUCUUACAUUGCCUUCCCAACACCCCUGGCCAGACAAACCUUUGCAGUUGAUAUGAAUGUCAAACCUGAGUCCCUGGAUGACGGUCUGCUGAUGUACUGUGCCCAAACGGAGAGUGGAUCAGGGGACUUCACUUCACUUUCCAUCCGUAAUAAGCGACUUGAGUUCCGCUUCAACUCUGGUAGUGGCACAGCCAACAUACAGAGUGAACCCAUCAAUGAGGGCGAGUGGAUUAAGGUUCGAGUGAAUAGGACAGAUAAACUAGGCUCCCUGAAGUUGAAUGAUGGACCAGUGGUGAACGGCAACUCUCCAGGCAGCAACCUCGGCCUCAACCUCCUGACGCCUCUCUUCAUUGGCGGUGUUGACAACUCACGCAUCCACGUGUCUUCCGAUGUUGGUGUCAAGACAGGCUUCAAGGGUUGUGUAUCAGAGAUCCGAGUGAUGGACCAGGAAGCACCAUUGAGUGAGGCAGUGGUGGACUCUGCUAAUGUGAACCAGUGUGGGGGAAAAAUUUCACCCUGCAGCCGGUCACCCUGCCAGAAUGAUGGAGCUUGCGUGGAGGACACGAGCUCCAUCCAUGGCUAUGCUUGCCACUGCCUUGAUGGAUACAGUGGGGACAACUGCGAGCAUGAGCCAGGUGUGUGCAGCAUGGUCCAGCCUUGCAGGAAUGGAGGAGCCUGCAUUGGCCAGGGACACAGCUACACCUGCCUUUGUCCCCUUGGUUAUGCCGGUAAUCACUGUGAACAUGUUGUGCAAAACAUUGGAGGGUCAGCAGCCUUCUCUGGAAGUUCCUGGGUGGAGCUGAACCGCACCCUGCUCCCCCAAGAGGCCGGCGUCCCACAGAUCAUUUCCUUGGAAUUCAGAACACGUCGUCCUAAUAGUCUCUUGUUCUGGUAUGGGCAAGACUUAACUGUCAGGGGUCAAGGGCAAGACUAUAUCAGCAUUGCCAUCAAAGGUGGAUAUGUGGAGUUCAGUUAUGAGCUUGGAGGAGGCCCAGCUUUCAUUCGCUCCCGGUCCAGAGUUGAUGAUGGUCAGUUCCACAGUCUGAAGGUGGAGCGGACUGGGCAGCAAGGUGUCCUCACCCUGGAUCGUGAGGCUCCUCAAGUGACGCAGAGUCCUGGAGAGCAGCACAUGCUCAAUGCAGAUGGGCACAUUUACAUUGGUGGAGUGCCGGACUUCCCUUACAUGACAGGAAGCACACACACCAGUGGCUUUUAUGGUUGUAUCCAGAAGCUGUCCAUUGGAGGCAAUGUCAUUGACAACUUCCUUAGCCAUCCUCUCACAGGAGUCAAUGUCAUCCCGUGUCCUCGAGGAAAAAACGCACAUAACCAACACCGAGGAGGCACCCGAACCAGCCACACCGUCAUCACUAGAAGGAAGACAAUCACUAACAGACUCUUAUGGAAAAAAUGAUUGCAGCUCCCAUGUUGCCAACGUGGAGGGCGCAGAAAGGGGCCACGGAGGGGCUAAGAAGAGCAUCAUUUGGACCACUCACUCAUCCAACGUGAGCACUAGUCUUCCAACUUGCCUCAAGAAUGGAUCCACAGUACUCUACAGGCCCUUGCCACUGCCACUCGCACCACCUCCACCACCCACCACCACCACUCCCCUCCACUCCCAUCCAGUACUGGCUGUCUUUGCUGAGGGAUAAAAAUGUGCCUUGUUGCAGAGGGCAUAACAUCCACAUGCACACACACACACUCCUAUCUGAAAGGGCUUCCCCACCUCCACCUCCUCCUCCUCUUCUUCCUUCUCUUUCUCCUCCUCCUCCUCCUCCUCUUCCAUUGCUUCUAUUGCCUUCUUACAGUGUUUUGUUUCAUAUUUAUAAAAAGGCAAAAGCAGCAGCAGACAUUUUUAUUAUUCUUUUUUCAUUUAUGUUUAUUUUAUUCUAUAUAUCACUUAUUUUUUUCUUUUGUGUGUGUGUGUGUGUGUGUGUGUGUGUGUGUGUGUGUGUGUGUGUGUGUGUAUGUGAGGUGCAGUGGUAUCCAGUCCGGUUGAGAGGGAGAGAAUAAUGCAGAUCAGAAGAGGCAAGGUAUAGUGAGGCAGCCAUAACUACUAAAUAUCCUCUCUCUUCUUCUUAAAUGCUCAACACUCUCUCUCUCUCUCUCUCUCUCUCUCUCUCUCUCUCUCUCUCUCUCUCUCUCUCUCUCUCUCUCUCUCUCUCUCUCU